GUGCAUAGCAAGUGUUUAUGCUCGCAGAAUGGAGCUUAAAAAAAUGAAGCCACUGAUAGAUACAGAGCCGUCCGCCAAUGGGAAUGUACCCGGUAUUAAGUCGGGAAAGAGACGCAAUCCAUUCAACACACAACGCUUGAAGGAAGAGAAGGAGCGCAGGCAGAAGAAACGAGCUCGUCUCAUCGUGCGCAACAUCAGCUACAAAUCGACAGAUGAAACGCUGCGCGAGCAUUUUGGCCAAUGGGGCACACUGGAGGAUGUGCAAAUCCUAAAGCGCGGAGAUGGCAAGCUUGUGGGAUGCGCCUUUGUGCAAUACGAGACCAUUAACCAGGCGACAAAGGCUAUAGCGCAUGCGAACGGCAAAGAAAUGCUGGGACGUAAGGUGUUUGUCGAUUGGGCCAUUGGCAAGGAUGAAUAUGCAGCCAAGCAUCUGAAGGAUGACGAGCCUGCUGACAAGAAACCCAAGGUGGAGCUCAAGGAGGAGACUGGAGACGAAGAAAAUGGUGUCGGAAGCGCUGACGAAGAUGAAGAUGAGGAGAAGCCUGAAAUGGAAAUUGGCGACGAAGUAGGAAAUGAUUCAGUUGCAGAACACGAUGAUGAUGAUGAGGAGGAAGAGGAAGAUGACGAAGCUGAGGCAGAUGACGGUAGCGAUGACGAUGAAAAGAAGGAUAAAAAGGAGCUGAAGGCGAAACUGGAAAAUCUGAAACAGGAAAAGCACAUUUCCAAUGAUGUGCAACAGGGAUGCACAGUCUUCAUAAAGAACGUUCCCUUCGAUGCGGAGGAUGCGGAUCUGCGGAAGGUGUGCCGUAAGUUCGGUGUGGUGAAUUAUGCGAUCAUCAAUCGGGAAUCAGUUUCCGGCCACUCCAAAGGCACUGCCUUUGUUAAGUUUAAGGCCAAGGAGUCAGCGGAUCUGUGCCUGCAGGCUGGUACCGAGUUUACCCUGCUGAACGAUGUGCUGGAUCCACAUCCAGCACUCAGUCGGGAUGAAAUCAAAACGAAGCAAACCAAAGACUCCAAAGAUGAUGCGGGCAAGGAUUCACGUAAUCUCUAUUUAGCCCGAGAGGGUCUCAUUAUGGCUAAUUCAAAGGCAGCCGACGGCGUGUCCGCCUCCGACAUGGCCAGAAGACAUGAACUGGAGCAGGUGAAAACGCAGGUGCUUAAGAAUCUUAAUCGCUUCGUUUCCCGCAAUCGUCUGUCCAUACACAAUCUGCCCCUAAACUAUGACAACGAGAAGCUCAAGCAGAUGGCAACCAGCUACACGGGCUUUCGUCCGCACGAGUGUCGAGUGAUGCGGGAACAGAAAGUUACUCCAGAGCAUCCGCAGGGCAAGUCGAAAGGAUUUGGUUUCCUCUCCUUCGAUACGCACCAGCGGGCAUUGGCUGCGCUGCGCAAACUGAACAAUAAUCCCACUAUUUUUGGCACACAGCACCGACCGAUUGUUGCCUUCAGCAUUGAGGAUCGCGCCGUGCACCGAAUAAAAGAAAAACGCAACGAGCGUUCCAAGCAAAACAAUCCCACCUACAAGUCCAAGCUGGAGCAGCGCAAGGAACGGCGGGAGCAGCAGCGAAAGGGUCAGAAGCCAACUAAGCCUACAACCAUAGCACCACAAAACGAUAACAAGGUCAAGCUUCAGAAGCACAUAAAAAAACUGGAGGCAUCGCGUGCAGCCAAAGCGGAAGGCAAGAAACAGCAGCAGCAAAUGGCCAGUGAUGUGCAGGGUGACUAUGUGGGCACGGCAGCCAAACCGGGCACCUCGUUGCGCAUGCGUUCCAAGAAAAAGAUCAUGGAGCAGGCGUCGGAGCACAUGAAGCGCGUGAAGACCGAAAAGCGCAAGCAGAAGAACAAAAAGAUACGCGAAACGCAUCUGGCGGAGCGCAAGGCAAACAAUCGACCCAAACAAGGACGCAAAAACGAAAAGGACGAUCUGCGGCCAUUGAUUAAUAAAUACAAGAACAUGAUUAGCGGCAACGAGGGCGGCGGCGGCGUUACUGGCGGGGGCAAAGUGAAGAAACCCAAGCGCACCAAAUGGUUCACUGAUUGAGCUCCUCCACACGCGACUGUUAUGUAUAUUAGCAAUUAGAGAUUUAGUCAGAAAUGUUUUAUAAAUGACUGAGAAACCAGUUUGUAUGUCGUCCACAACCAGCCGGAUAUAUUUCCAUAUCCUGUGUCAGCAAACCUCAGAGUUUAAUCUGAAUUCAAUGUGGAAUUGUGUGUUGAAAGUGAAUAAAUUGCAUCAUAGUCUACUAAUGGAAA